CAACUGAAUCAAGUGCAAGGACACAUGGGGCCCCUUCAAUCCGAUGGAUGCGCAACCUCGGAGCACGACUCGCUUUCGCUCACAGUUCUGACCAGUCUGCCCGUUCGUUUUUCCCUGCGCCCUUGCUCCCGGAACUCUAGUCGUCGCCAGCCUUCACCAUCCUCGAAUCAUCAAUGUCUCAUUGGUAGCCACUCCAAACCUUUCGCGGCCUCAACCCUAUCGGACCCUGAAGCUGUGGGCUAUAUCUAGACAGCCAAUUUUUCACUUAUUAGCGCACCCAAGAGAUGCCCCCUUCACCUAUCCAAUCGACCUAUGAUCACAGCUCUCAUCUUCAUGCAACCUGGCCGUGUCUGCUUUGGCGAACUGCUUGUGGAUCAGUUUUACUGGUUAUCGGGUCUACACAUCCUGCUUUCCCUCUAUGACCAUUUGGGCUGCCCAUGGACUCCGAUGACCCGUUGUACACCUUACGGAUUCGACGCGCUUUGCAGGUUCCAUCGACAAAGGGGAGUAGACAACAAAGAAGAGGUAAAUGGAGUGCAGGAACCCAUACACGCCCUUUUCCCUUUUCCAUCCGAUGGAUGCACAGCGAGAAAGAACGACCCACCUUCCUUUCCGCUUCAACAUGUUGUUUCUGUCACCUGGUCUCGACGUAUGCUCUUGCCCCGGGCCGUUUCCCUUGAAGCUCUCAGCCUUCCUGCCUUUCGGUCACAACCCACUUCCUUUGGAGUACCCUGUCGCCAGGUUUCUUUCGUCACGGAUCUUUCUCUUCUUGGGUAGCUCAUCAAUCACUAUUUCUGCGCCAAACUUCCAACAAAGGCGGCGAACACAUCACUUCCGUCAUAUGACGAUGGUAUGUCCCGUUUAUUUCGGGAGAGUGGGAGUGGGACACUUUGGCGGGACGCCCUCGUGGCGUCGGUAUGGACAUGUUCCCACAGGCGCUUGCACCUGUUGUCCAUGCCCCUUUCCUGUUAGGGUGGAACUUUGCGAGCCAGUUGGCUCGCAUAGUGUCCACCCAACAGGUUUGGUCGUAAGUAUCAUUUCUCCUCUCACAUUGAGACUCAUGCUGACAUCCUUACAUGUCCAGGAACAUCUUAU